UCCGCCCCUCGUCCAGGGACCGAUCGGGCCCGCGGGCCGGAUUUGGUUGUUGCUCCGGUCAGAGGCUUUUUGGGCCCAAGGGGUGGUUUUGGGGUGGGCUUGUCCUGGUGCCCGGCGCGCCCUGGUGCCAGCCUUCCGGAAGCCCGGUGAAUUCCGUGGUCUCCUAGCAACCUGGACCCGGCCGCGGACUGACGGAGGGGCGGCGCGGUCCAAACCGCCCUCGAGCCGAUCGGAACCCCCGCACCCGGCCCAAACGGGAGCUGACCCAGGCGCUUGAAGAAUAAACAGGAAAUGGCGGACGAGGCGUUGUUUUUACUUCUCCAUAACGAGAUGGUGUCUGGAGUUUACAAGUCCGCGGAGCAGGGGGAGGUGGAAAAUGGACGCUGUAUCACUAAGUUGGAAAACAUGGGGUUUCGAGUGGGACAAGGAUUGAUAGAAAGGUUUACAAAAGAUACUGCAAGGUUCAAGGAUGAGUUAGAUAUCAUGAAGUUUGUUUGUAAAGAUUUUUGGACUACAGUAUUCAAGAAACAAAUCGACAAUCUAAGGACAAACCAUCAGGGCAUCUAUGUACUUCAGGAUAAUAAAUUUCGUCUGCUUACUCAGAUGUCUGCAGGAAAACAAUAUUUAGAACAUGCAUCUAAGUAUUUAGCAUUUACAUGUGGCUUAAUCAGAGGUGGCUUAUCAAACUUGGGGAUAAAAAGUAUUGUCACAGCUGAAGUGUCUUCAAUGCCUGCCUGUAAAUUUCAGGUGAUGAUACAGAAGCUGUAGAACAUACUGAAAAUGCAAGGAAAACUUCAACAGUGUAAAGAGAUAAAUUAUUCAUGUAUAAAGUAUUUCCAAGGAGCAAUUAUUUAAUUACAUUCUUGAACAUUUGUAUUGAUAUAAGCUAUUUGCUAACUUAUAAAAUGAGAUGUGCACUCUUAAGCAGGAGUAAGAUAUUUUAUCAGUUUAACACAGGCCAAGUUAGACCAGAUAAAGAAACAGUCUAUUCAUAAUAUACCUUCCUGAAAUUAUACAGAAUGAAAACCUGAUUUCAAAUAACUAACAUCAAGAUUAGGGACCCUUAUUUUAAACAUUCUAAUUUGUAGAUAGUGAUGUGUAUUUAACUACAGAUGGAGAAGCAAAACUCAGGAUUUAAUAAAUUGUCAUAAAGAAAAGUAUGUGUCUAUUAGAAUAAUCUGUGUAAGGAUGAAUAGAUUUUGAUUAUGAAUUUGUUUUAUUUGAAAGAGUAAGCAGUACACUAAAGCUUAAUUUUUUAUCUUUUUGCUUAUAAUUUAUUCCUGUCAGGGAGUAUUUGACUGCCAAAAUUGCUUAAAAACUUAAUUUGAUAAAUAGAAUUCGGUCUUUAAGAACUCCAUUAAUGUAAAGUGAAAUAUAGAUUAAUUUGUGAAAUCAGUGACUCCAGGGCCAAAGAAUAUUAGGUAUUUUAGGACGUUAUUUUUAUACUUAACUCCUGUUACAGUCUACACUUUCAAUUUCUUUCCCCAUACUGGAAGCACUGGAGAGGGUUCUAACAUCUUUAUUCCUUGUUUAGUCUCCUUGAGGGCAGAGGGUGGAUAAUUAGAUUAUUCACACCAACAUUCAUUCAUGGACCGUAUCUUCUCAGUGGGUUGAGAUCAGGACUCCUAUCUCUCACAUCCUCCACCAUCUGAUGACCAUGAAAGGGCAAACAAGAAGAUGAAAACCAUCACACUGAGGACAGCAGGAUGCAAAUUGUGCUUCUGGUCACCUUUGAACUCUUUGUUUUGUGAGAUAAUAAAUUCUUCAUAUUGUUCAGUUCACUCUUGGCUUUGUAUUGUGUAUGUAUUUGGAGCCAAAAGAAGUCUCUCUUAGCAGAGACAAAGGGAAUGUUAGACAAGACAUAGCAUGGAAGAAUUGAAUUUUCUUUUUUCUGGGGGAGGCAGGGGAAGACACUUGUAUGCAUAAAUAAAAAUAAAUCUUUUUAAAAAAGUUCUCACACAUACAGAAAACUAAUUUUGUGAGAAGGUGGAUAUGUUCACUAACCUAAUUGCGUAAUCAUUUUUCAAUAUAUACACAUAACAACAUGCAGUUGUCUACCUUAAAUUUACACAUGCUAUGUCAAUUUCAAGCUUGGGGUGGAAAAUGAGUAUGCAAACUUGUAUGUAUAAGGAUUUUCACCAUUUGGUUUAAUGUUCAUUGACAGCCCCUGAUUAAAUUAUGGUACUGGUAUAUGGUGUGAGGAAAUACUGUGCAAGCAGGUAAGGAUGAGAAAGAUCUACAUGUAUUUAAUUACAUGGAAUGAUGUUAAUUGAUAUUAACAGUAACAUACAAGAUAGUGCAUACAAUAUGUAGAUAUGUAUUAUGAAUAUAAAUUUAUAAAUAUCAAAAAGCUGUAAAGUUUUUUUUUUAAAGAUAUGUUUAUACAAGAACUGGGGUACAGCUCAGAGGCAUGGGAGGCAAGAGAACUCACCAGAGACAGAGUGGGGAGCAGAAUAAGCAGACAGACCAAAGACACUGCUGAGGGGAGCAGUAGGCAGGGCAGGGGAGGUCUGCUGUGCCAUGUGGGUUUCUCUCUGUCCAGCCGGGAAUUGAACCCAUGCUGCAAAGGCUGCAGACAGCUUCACAGUGCAGCACUCAACUCGCUGCACCACUGGGGAGGCCCAUAAAGCUGUGAGGUUUUGUACAGUAGAUUUGAGAUUUUAUUUUUUGCUUUCUGUUGUUAGGUUUUUAAAAAAAUGAUCCCCAUGAUAAAUGUAUUUGUACUCAGGGUAAAAAAAUGUUAAACCAAUUAAUUUUUAA